AUGUCUCUCACAGUAACCUCCGAAACUCCAAAGAUGCCUUCUGCCUUCUCCCAACCAACCUCCUCAUCCUCCUCCGACGAGCCCGUGACAGCGACCUCCUCUCAAGUUAACAUGGUAAUCCGGCAAGACCCCUUCUACAUAACCCUCGACGCCUCCGCCCUCCUCGCCGUUUCCAUCCUGACCGUCCUGGGGAUGCACUUUGUGCACCGCGCUUUGCUCGAAGCCACCAUCAUCUCCGUGCCCAUCAUGCUGCUCAUCCACAACGACUAUCUCAACUUUCUCAAGCUCGGCCCCGGCGGGACACCCCCGACCCCAUCGGGCUACGCCCGGCUGACUUUUUAUCGCUUGUUCACCAUCCGCGACCCGUUGCAGGCGCCGGAGAGGGAUCCGAGCCAGCUUCCCUCUGCGGCCUCCUCCGGUGGUCUCCCCUACCGCCCCGGCCCCCGCCCCUCCGUCGCCGGCCUCGCCCCGCAAAGACAACUCAACCAGGCCGGCCCCCUCCCCAUCUACAACGCGCUGCGCAGCUCGCUCGAGUCUCUUGCGCACCGAUACCCUAAUCGAUUCGUCACCGCCACGUCUUGCCUAGAAAAACACGGGUUCGCUUUGUUCUCGCGCCACCCCGUAAACGUCUGUGGAAACGGGGAGAUCUGCCAUAUCCAUACGCAUUCGGACAGGAGCAUGCACACGAAUCUGCAUCCGGAUGAUAUCAAGGAGGUGUUGGAGAAGGGGUGGGGGGAGAGACAUCCUAUGGCUUGGUCGACGAGGGGUCAUCGUCGUGGUGGUGUGCCGGAGACUUUUACUAUGGUUUAUGCGCCUAGAGAUGAAAACGACCUACGAAUUGUUUGCAAGAUCAUCGAGGCGGCGAUUUGGUAUACCGCUUGCGAGAAGGUUGAGAUCAUGCCAGAGUCUGUCAAGGCUUCAAAUUGAGGGGGGAGCUUGAGGAUGGUGUUGGUGAGUCGAGAGUUGGACCAAAGAGAAAAAAACAUGUUAACUGAGGAGGGUGCGAGAUCACUGUAUCCGCGAUACAGACGGGACCGAUCGGGUAACAAAAUACUUGGAUUGUACCGAAGGGCGAGGUUCGUAACGAAGCUAUUGCACAAUGGUUAAGCGCAUGGUGUUCAGGCGUUGGGUUCAUGUCGGUAUUGCCUGUCGGUAGACAGCUAUCAUAAUUCUGGUGUCUGUAUGUUCUCAGCGGUUAGCUUCUUGAGAUUGAUAUUUCAAAACGGUUGUUACAUCACCCUUC